GCCCAGAGAGCUCCAGGACAGCCACGCAUUCACAGGGAGCUCUGCCUCUCCAUCGGGUUCCUAAUGAACUGAGUGAGUGGGUGUGUUCUGCAUGGUGAGAGGUAUUGGUAUGACGCAUCAGGAAACAUGUCAUAGUCUCAUCACUGUAACAUGACAAGAAUUGCAACCAUGGCUGGAACCUUUAUAAAGUGACCAAGCACACCUUUCCAUCCAGUCUCAGCGUGGGGUGAAGCCUGGCAGCUAUGAGGAUCCAUUAUCUUCUGUUUGCUUUGCUCUUCUUGUUUUUGGUGCCUGUUCCAGGUCAUGGAGGAAUCAUAAACACAUUGCAGAAAUAUUAUUGCAGAGUCAGAGGUGGCCGGUGUGCUGUGCUCAGCUGCCUUCCAAAGGAGGAACAGAUUGGCAAGUGCUCGACACGUGGCCGAAAAUGCUGUCGAAGAAAGAAGUAAAAACCCAGAAACAUGACGAGAAUGUUGUAAAAUGUGGAAAUGCCUUCUUAAAGUUUAUAAAAGUAAAAUCAAAUUAAAAGGUUUUU